CGGGCGGGAGGGAGCGCUGGGGCUGGGAAGCAGGAUGCUGCUGCUGGUGCUCCUGGCGCUGCUGAGCCCUGCCAGCUGCCCCAGGGCUGAGCCCCUGAGCGGGUCCGGCCAGGAGCCCCCCUUCCGCGGGGCGGAUCGCUACGACUUCGCCAUCGUCAUCCCCGCCGGCACCGUGGAGUGCUUCUGGCAGUUCGCGCACCAGAGCGGCAACUUUUUCUUCAGCUACGAGGUGCAGCGGGCGACAGGGAUUGCCAACAGCAGGAACAUCCUGGCCACGGCGAGUGACCCCAACGGCGUCCAGCUUGGUGCUUCCCAGCACGUGCGAGGACAGAUCAACUUCCUCACCAAGGAGACAGGUUUUUACCAGCUGUGCCUGGACAACCAGCAAAACCACUUUGGCUUCAUGCAGGUGUAUCUCAACUUCGGUGUCUACUACGAAGGCGUCAACAUGGAAAACAAGCAGCCGCAAGAGAGGAAAGAGCUGAACAACACCCUGGAAGCGAUUGGGGUCAGCAUCCAGAAGCUGCAGCUCCACAUCUUCCACAUGUGGCGGUUCUACAACUUUGCCCGGAUGCGGAGAGGGGCCGACUCCUUCCUCCUGGAGUCCAACUACAACUACGUCAACUGGUGGUCGAUGGCUCAGAGCUGCGUCAUUGUCCUCUCCGGGGUCCUGCAGCUCUACUUCUUGAAGCGCCUCUUCAAUGUGCAAACCUCCAGCAGGCAGCAGUGCUAGCAGUACCCAGGACCAUGGGCAAGACUGCUGCCCACAGCGCCCGGCGACCGAGCUGCUGCUCUGCCCCUUCACAGAGCAGGAGGGAAGGCCGGAUCCUGCCUGGGGGAGGAGGAAGGAGAGUUUCCCCCACUCCUGCCUCUGCUUUAGCCCUGCCUCGGCCAAAAUCUCCCCGACAGAGGAACAGCACGAUGCAAUCACCUGAGCUCUGUGUGCUGGGUCAGUUUGUUGCAUCC